GGCUUUCAGCUAGGACUGGAAGCAGUCGGCAGUGCUGGGAAACAAGAGGAAUUCCAAGAAAUGACUAAUAAACAACUUCAGAAACAACUUUGUUUCCCUUUCACUUUCACUGUGACACCGGGCACACCAUUUUUAUCAUCACCGCAGCAUCUGUGAGAGGCUGCUCAUUCCCCCACAACCCAGCUAUCCCGAGCGAGUGAGCGAGCGAGCGAACACGAAGGAAGGAGCCACAACUCUGCUGCAGCAGGACCGGCCAGCACAUCUAGCACCUGCAGACACUGGAGAAAUGAUGAGGGAAAUUCGCCUCCCGCUGGCCCUGUCCCUGGGCCUGGCAUCGCUGGGAGUGGCAUCAUGGAAGAAGAAGUCACUUUGCCAAGAGGGUGAAAAACUCUGUGAGGGGCAGGAGCCGGCCACGGAUGCGCCCGCCAGGCGAGAAGGAAGCCCGGUGCCAAAGCUGCUCGCAAGGCCCUGCAAGUGCAUCCUGUCCGGGCAGUGGCAGAACGACCUGGGCUCCCAGGUGCACAUCUUUGACGUGGAAGCAGACGGCAGCUUCUCCGGCGAGUACAGGACGGCCGUGUCGGCCACGCAGGCGCCCAUCCAGCCCGCGCUGCUGUGUGGGUCCCAGCAGCUGCAUGGUGAGGGGCAGCAGCCCACCUUCGGCUUCACCGUCAACUGGAAGAGCUUCUCAGACUCGACCACCGUCUUCGUGGGCCAGUGCUUCGUGGACAAGAGCGGGGAGGAAUCGCUGCACACCAUGUGGCUGCUGAGGGAGGAGGUCAACUCCGGGAAGGACGACUGGAAAGCGACCAGGACCGGCUGCAACGUCUUCACCCGCAUUGCAUAAGGAAAGCAGCAGACCCCGGCACUGCACCUUCUGCCCCCACGUGCACGUAUCCCAGCCCCCUCCAUCCUUGCUUGUACUGGGGGUGCAGACCCACCCCACAUGCCGUCCCAUCAGCCUGGGCUCUGCACUAGCUCCGUUGCCUGGCUGCCAGCUGUGCUCCAGCCUUGACCAUGAGGACCAUAAACCAAAGUGAAAGAUGCAGCCUGGAGAGGAAGGAGACAAGAAACCAUCCUGUGCACACCUGACAGAGACCUUUCCCACAUGACUACAAGGAGCAACCUGUGCAUGUGGGGAGAAGCCCGGGGCAGCGCUGGGAGCUGGUCCGGCACACGCAGAGCUGCUGCCCCCGCUCCUGCGUCUCUGCAGCUGGCACCGGGGAGCAGCUGCUCUGUGCUGCUGGGGGCCCGGUGGGUGCUGAGAUACAUGCACGUGUUGUUGUUCAGGGGGAGUAAUAAAAGACAAGCCUGCCAA